UGGUCGGUCGUAGCGUUUGCCUUUGCAAUAUUCCUUGCUUUUAUCGAUUGGCUAAUUCUACAACUCAUCGUGACUAUCCGCCGUGUGCCUGGAUGUAGCUCAUUCGGCUGCUUCACAAAUGACAUUUUCCGCGAGUACUGGGGCCUGUCGAAUAUGAUGAUGAAUCUGCUGUCAUGCUUUUUAACAGUCGUGAUCAUUUACAAUCUUUACAAACGUUCAAAGGUUGCGUCAGAAGCGAUCCAAAUUGAAAAGCAGAACAGAAGUAAAAUUGAUAAAAGCGCAAAUCGUGUGGCACUGUACAUUCUACUCGUGUCUGCUUUGAUUGGUGUAGUGCCGGGAUGCAUGAAUGGUGUGGGCACCGUCGUCAGCAUUCCAGUGAGUUGCCUCGACAUUAAUUUACAUAUAAUCAGUUUUUUAAGUGACUGGAUUAAAAAAAUAGAAUCCUCACUACGGUUCUGCCCCUCAAAAGAUUUAGUGGUUCGAGGUGAAUUUAUUCAGAUGCUAGAUGAGAUAUCUUUUUUCGUGGGGACUUGCGCAACACUGUCUGGACUAUCUCAUGCGUUUAUUUUCGCUAUGGCACAUCGAGAAAUUAGACACUACAUCCGUUCGAAAAUCUUCUGUCAAAAUGAUGGCAACUCUAGUCGCUUCGAAUUGAACAGUAUCGCCGUGAGUUUGAGUCACUAUAAGAAUUCUAGC